CAUUUUGGACAAUCCAAUAUUUUGACAUUUCAUCUGUGCUAAGGAAGUUUUUCACAAGAUUUUUUCAAAUUACAUUUUCUACCCAAUUUCCUGAGUGAUUUUCCUCGUUUUUCCCGCGAAUCUACCAAAGACAUCAUGGUGGAUGAGAUAAAGUCAAAAAAUGAGGUUGAAAGUGGCAAAAAGGGUGACUUUGAGGGGCUCCCGGAUGCAUCGGAGGAAGCUGUUGUGGAUGUAAUUGGAGCCAAGGAAGCCUACUUUACACUACUACGGGCGUGGGUCAAUCAAGCCAAUCAGAGCCACAAUGCCAUGAUCACCUUUCCGUACUACCUCAUGUCCAACUACCCGCAGCUCUUUCAGCCACAGCCCCCACCAGCCCCGGCUGCCAAUGGGAAUCUGGCCAAUCGGGAUUUAUUCUACGACAGCCCAGCUCGCAAUGAGGAGCGUAUCAAUCAAACGGGUGGCUAUGAGUUCAUCAUUGCACCCCUGUGGAAGAGAUUGUGUGCCGAAGUUGUGGACAUAACGAUUGUGUUGCUCAUAAAGGUUCUCAUCACCUUUGGAAUUGUUGAUCUUCUCGAUAUUGAUCUAAAAUUCGAUUUUGACUUUGACACCAUCCGGAAUUCCAUUGAAGAUGACUACUCGCAGUUCCUCUCCUUUACGUCAGAGCUUGUUUUCCUCGAGAUUGUUACGAAACUCGCGGUGUGCAUCUACGAAGCCGCCUGGACGGCACAGGGUCAUGGGAUUCUGGGUGGAGCCACUCCGGGGAAGAUAAUCUUUGGGCUGAGAAUCCUACACGUUGAAGCUGUUGUCCCACUGGAUGCCCCUCCGCAGGUUAACUACGGCAAUCCCAUGAAGGCUCUCCUCUAUCCAGCCACCAAUCCAGGGUUCAAGCGUGCUCUCUUGCGUGCUGUGGCCAAGAAUGUCAUGAUGGCUCUCCUCUUCCCCAUGUGCUUCAUCAUGUUCUUCUUCCGGAACAACCGUACCGGCUACGAUGUCCUCACCAAAACAAUUGUCGUGGAAGAGAAUCAAGCACCUGUUUUCCGGAGACGCUAAAUCCAGCCACUUCCGGCUGAAUAUAUUUUUUUGUGAUUUUCAGAAAGAUUUCUGGACAAAGGAGCUAAUUCUGGCAAAAAUAUUUUCUUUUCUUUUCUUACAAUUCGUGAGUUAUAAGGUUUUUUGGCAUUCUCACAAAAAAAACUUAUAAAUUUGUAAGAUCUAAAAAGUUUCACAGUUCAACUUUUAGACCACGUCGCGAGAAACAUUUUUGCUAUAAUAGAAAAGAAAAGGUUUUGGUAUUCCGGCCGAUUUUUUUCUUAUAACUUGUAAGAAAAUCUUACAAAAUCAUGUGUUUUAUAAGGACCUGCCGAGGUGCUUUUUCAAUCUUUUUGUGAAUUUUGUGACCACCAAAGCAUGAUUAUAAUAAUAAUAAUAAUAAUAAUAUUUAUUUCGUAUCCAAACUGCGGCUGCCGCCGUCUUCAUAACCGACCUCCCCGAGAAAACGGCAGAAAACUCGGUUCAUAGGUCGUAUAAGCCAACUCAUUUUGUCUCAUAUUGUACAUUUUUACAUUUUUUGUGAAAAAUUACUUUACUUUACAUCAGAGAACAAAAAAUAAAAGAGUACACUUUAACAUGAA